CUGAACCAUCCUUAGAUAUUUUGCUUCAAUAUUUCACUUCAGAAGCCUUAAUUAUAUAGCUUAAAGUUCCUGCUGUUGAUUUUGUGAAUUUGAGGAAUUCUGGUUGAGAAAUAUUGUCAUUUGUUGAGGUUUAUUGAAAUUUGCUUUGAAACUGAAUAAUUUGACUUUGGACUUGGUUGUUAUAGCAUAUACUUUCGACCAUGGGAACGAAGGACGACGAAUAUGACUAUCUUUUCAAAGUUGUACUUAUUGGUGAUUCUGGAGUUGGAAAAUCAAAUUUACUCUCUCGAUUUACGAGGAAUGAGUUUAACUUGGAGUCAAAAUCGACCAUUGGGGUUGAAUUUGCCACAAGAAGCAUCCAAGUAGACGGAAAAACUAUAAAAGCUCAGAUAUGGGAUACAGCUGGUCAGGAACGAUAUAGAGCCAUCACAAGCGCGUAUUAUCGGGGAGCCGUUGGUGCAUUGCUGGUCUACGACAUUGCUAAACACUUGACUUAUGAAAACGUCGAGAGAUGGUUAAAGGAACUGCGAGACCAUGCCGACAGUAACAUUGUGAUCAUGUUGGUUGGAAACAAGAGUGAUUUGAGACAUUUAAGAGCUGUACCUACGGAUGAAGCCAAGGCAUUUGCAGAAAAAAAUGGCUUAUCUUUCAUAGAGACGUCUGCAUUGGAUUCAACCAAUGUUGAAGUAGCUUUUCAAAACAUAUUAACAGAAAUCUACCACAUUGUGUCUCAAAAGCAGAUCCAUGACUCCCCCACCUCCGACGGCAGCCACCCUAGUAAUAAUGUACAAACCAUUCAUGUAGCACCUACGACAGACGAGGACAGAAAGAAAAAAGUACAGUGUUGCAAUGCAUAGAUUCCUAUCAGCAAUUCCGAAUUCCUGCUUUGUUGGUAAUAUUAUUCUUUUCUAUCUUAAACUACUUCCCAGGGGGGGAAUUAAAUAACAUUUAAUGGGGAACACUGAAUAACUUGUGAUUUAGUUUCUAAGGAAAUUGUCAUAGUGACCCCCCCUGACUUAGUAGAAGUAAAUACAUGCACACACACCCCCACACAUGCUUAUUAUAUGUGUUGAAAUAACUUGUGAGUCAGUUUCAAAACACUUGUUUAAUUCUUUGUUUGCUUUUGUGUUGAUAACAGGGUUAUCAAUACUAGCUUGAGUAAGUGGCAAAAUGUAAUCAAUGGGCAUCAGUGAUUGAAUCUUUCUGACGUUUCCCCUAAAUUUUUGGGAACUUUAAUCAAAAUAGGCRGCAAGUUCACUUAAAAUACCCAGCGAGAUUCGCCCCCAGCUUCUGUUGAAAACCCUGUGAUAAUGUUGUCCAAAAGACUGGGAGGUUGAUGACGUAAUGUGUAAAAAAUCAGAAUGAUCCUCAUAACAAAGAUGAGCAACCAUGUUGAUGUUCAUGACAUGAAAAGAUUUCUGAGGUUAGUAUACAGUAUGCCAAAAAGUGUAGAAAACUAAAUGAUUCAAAUGACAAAGACAUGGUGGCCGUGAUGGUGUAGAUAACAAGAGAAU